AGGCCAUCAAAACGCCUCCGGGAAAUUCUCGGGUUAUUUUGAAAACCCCUUCCCUCCCCAAGACCUUUAACCUAGAGGGCUGUUGAGGCGGUCUCCUAGGAGACCACACAGAAACGACUGCGCAUGCGUGCAUUCCCCCGGCUGAUGCAACCUCACGCUGCCGUGCGGCUCUACCUCGAGUAAGGAAGCCGACAGGGAAAUCUGGCGAGACCGAUCGGCGGCCACACGGAAGUGGGCGGAAAGGCCCACCCCCCGGGGGCUUUGCGAGUGACGUUGGGCGGCACGGCGCUAGCGGCGUAGUCCUGCGUCUCUUCCGGCGGCUGGGGGGGUGUCCUGCCGGCGCGCGGGCCCUGCGGCCAUUUUGGGCUUCGUUUCCACCACAGCAGCCGGCCUACUCAGUCCUUCCGGUAUCGCGUUGCUCAGGGGCUUUUCAACCCUCUGUCACUCGGAAAACCAUCGCCGAGGCCGUGGGGGCACUCCUAUCCAUGGUGUUGAAGCGUCGAGCCGACUAGGGAACCUCCUUCCCCGCCAGGAUGGAAGUCGCAUCAGUCGCCUCCUAUUGCGCGGGCUGUUCCUCCCUGUGUUCUGCCGCCCGCUGCCGCAUCCGCUGCCCUCUGUGGCUUUUCUGCUGGCUCGAAGAUAGGCCUGGAGCACCGACGCCACCGCUGGGCAAGGCCGAGACUCUGUAGGCUUCCUCCGAAUCCCGUCGACCUCCAGCCGCUGAGCGCCGCGGCCCUACCUGAGAGACUGCCAAGAAAAAGGAGAUGGAGCCGGGGAUAGGCGGAUCGCGGAAACGGCUUGGCCUUCGGGCGGGCUUCCGGUUCUGGCUACCCUUUUUCCCUCGGCGAUCGCAAGCAGGCUCUUCUAAGUUCCCGACGCCUCUUGCCCCGGAAAACUCCGGGAACCCCACACUGCUUUCCUCUGCUCAGCCCGAGACUCGGGUCAAUUACUGGACGAAGCUGCUCUCCCAGCUCCUUGCGCCGCUCCCCGGAUUGCUUCAGAAGGUGCUGAUUUGGAGCCAACUUUUCGGUGGAAUGUUUCCGACCAGAUGGCUAGAUUUUGCUGGAGUCUACAGCGUCCUGAGAGCCCUGAAGGGACGGGAGAAACCAGCCGCGCCCACAGCGCAGAAAUCUUUGAGUUCGCUGCAGCUCGACUCCUCAGACCCCUCGGCCACUAUUUCCCUUGAUUGGCUAGAGGAGGGGAUCCACCGGCAAUGCUCGCCCCCAGACUUAAAAUUGGAGCUUAAGGCCCAGGGAAGUGCUUUGGACCCUGCAGCACACGCUUUUCUCUUAGAGCAGCAGCUGUGGGGAGUGGGGCUGUUGCCCAGUAGCCUUCAAUCCCGUCUGUACUCUAACCGGGAACUUGGCUCUUCGCCCUCUGGGCCUCUAAACAUUCAACGCAUAGACAAUUUCAAUGUGGUAUCCUGUUUGCUGAACCCUUCCUACCUGGACUGCCUUCCUAGGCUAGAAGUCAGCUAUCAGAACAGUGAUGGAAAUGGCGAGCUAGUCGGCUUCCAGACUCUAACCCCAGAGAGCAGCUGCCUGAGAGAGGACCAUUGUCAUCCCCAGCCGCUGAGUGCAGAACUCACUCCGGCCUGGUGGCAGGGAUGUCCACCUCCUUCUACGGAAGGCCUACCGGAAAUUCACCGUCUUCGCAUGAAACGGCUGGAAUUCCUUCAGCAGGCUAGCAAAGGGCAAGAGUUACCCACCCCUGACCAGGAUAAUGGCUACCACAGCCUAGAGGAGGAACACAGCCUUCUCCGGAUGGAUCCGAAACACUGCAGGGAUAACCCAACACAGUUUGUUCCUGCUGAUGGAGACAUUCCUGGAAACACCCAGGAAUCCACUGAAGAAAAAAUAGAAUUAUUAAGUACAGAGUUUCCACUUGCUUUGGAAGAGGAGAGCAUUUCUGAGAGCUGUCCAUCUGGUGAGAAACCUAUGGAAAAGGAGCCUGGAGAGGGCCGAAUAAGUGUAGUUGAUUACUCAUACCUAGAAGAUGACCUUCCCAUUUCUGCCAGACCAGCUUGUAGUAACAAGCUGAUAGAUUAUAUUUUGGGAGGUGCAUCCAGUGACCUGGAAACAAGUUCUGAUCCAGAAGGUGAGGAUUGGGAUGAGGAAGCUGAGGAUGAUGGUUUUGAUAGCGAUAGCUCACUGUCAGACUCAGACCUUGAACAAGACCCUGAAGGGCUUCACCUUUGGAACUCUUUCUGCAGUGUAGAUCCUUAUAAUCCCCAGAACUUUACAGCAACAAUUCAGACUGCUGCCAGAAUUGUUCCUGAAGAGCCUUCUGAUUCAGAGAAGGAUUUGUCUGGCAAGUCUGAUCUAGAGAAUUCCUCCCAGUCUGGAAGCCUUCCUGAAACCCCUGAGCAUAGUUCUGGGGAGGAAGAUGACUGGGAAUGUAGUGCAGAUGAAGCAGAGAGUCUCAAACUGUGGAACUCUUUCUGUAAUUCUGAUGAUCCCUACAACCCUUUAAAUUUUAAGGCUCCUUUUCAAACAUCAGGGGAAAAUGGGAAAGGCUGUCCUGACUCAAAGACCCCAUCUGAGUCCAUUGUGGCCAUUUCUGAGUGUCACACCUUACUUUCUUGUAAGGUGCAGCUGUUGGGGAGCCAAGAAAGUGAAUGUCCAGACUCGGUACAGCGUGACGUUCUUUCUGGAGGAAGACACACACAUGUCAAAAGAAAAAAGGUAACCUUCCUUGAAGAAGUUACUGAGUAUUAUAUAAGUGGUGAUGAGGAUCGCAAAGGACCAUGGGAAGAAUUUGCAAGGGAUGGAUGCAGGUUCCAGAAACGAAUUCAAGAAACAGAAGAUGCUAUUGGAUAUUGCUUGACAUUUGAGCACAGAGAAAGAAUGUUUAAUAGACUCCAGGGAACAUGCUUCAAAGGACUUAAUGUUUUCAAGCAAUGCUGAGUCGGCAGCCUGUAGUCCUAGCAUACACUACCUCUUACCUGAGAGGUGUCUUUUAAAAACAAAUCUUGGCAGCUGUCCUUUGACUUUUUUUUUUUUAGAGGAAAUGUAACUUGGAUCUAGUUUAAUUUUUUUUUUUUUUUUUGCAACGUAUCCCACUCAAACAUUCAGGUUUGAAGCCAGCCCUGAUAAUGAAGGAUGAACUAGUGUGAUUUCUAGUCCUCCCUUUUUUGAUUUAGUUGGAUGUGCUUUUAAAUGUCCUUUGCUUGCAUGAGGUGAAAAGGGGACCUUUUUGAGUUGUCAUUUUGCACUUUCAAAAAUUAUUUUCUUGGAAACAAUAUUUAUAGGGCUUAAAGCCCAUUUUCAUUUCUAAUCUAAAUUAUGUGUGCCUAUCUGAAAACUUUGGGCUCUUGUUUCUUUCCCAAAAUUCAGAAGUUAAUGGGCUUUUAUGUUUUUCUACAUUUUUUUUAUUUCAAUGAUUUGGCUUGUCUAUGUUAGGCUAAAAAAUAACCUUGUUUAUGCUACCAACUUAAAGUACAUUAUUUUGUGUCACUUUUUUUUUCUUGUAAAAAUGACUUGGAUUGAAAAUAUGUGGUAGCCUUUUUAUUUCUACAUUAAGUUCUACCUAGGAUAUUUCCAAGGACUUCCACAAAACCCGAAUGUGCAGUACUUUACUACUUUGAGAAAGCUGCAUCUUUCUACCAAAUUUUAACAUCUAAUGUAUUUAAUUUCUUUACAAACUUCUUUGGAGAGGGUUCUGUAUAUGUUAUUGUAGUUCCCAGUUUAAUAUAGUUCUUUGUAUCUCUUAACAGGUUGAAGUUACUGCAAAACACUCUGGAAAGUAAUAAUUACAUCAUAAUCCUUUAUUUUUUAAACUUAAAAGCCUAGAAAUUUCCUAGAAAGAAAAUAGGAGACAUCUCAGAGCAAUUUGGUUUUGGUGUAUAUGUUCUUAACAGAAAACCAGUGUUAAUGAAUAACAUGCCUCAGCACUGUCACUUUUAAAACCUGUCAGGAUCCCACUGUAAAAUUGGAAAUGGGCAGUUCUGAAGUUUCACGUUUGAAAUGUAAAAUAUAAACUUCAGUCAAUAUCCAGAUUUAUUGUGUCCUACUAUUUAAUAAUGAGAGAAGUAAUGGCAAGGCCUUUACUUUCAGGAAAGGACAGAAGUACAGAUUAAUGACUGGAAAGUUUUAAUAUAUUUAGCCCAAAGCUUACUUUGAAUUGAAGUCUUUGCAUUGACUGUGUUUGGUUUAUUUGUUUAGCUUUACAAGGUACACAUAAGUUAGGUUGAGGGGUUGUUAACCCUUCAGUGGUCUGCUUUCAUUCUGUGUGCUUCCUGUCACAGGUAAUGGAAAACAUAAGUAGAAUAGGUGACCUCUUAGUUUUGAACUUAUUUAAGUGUGGGGAUGAAUUUUUCAUCAGAAGUGCUUACAGGGUUACUACCUCAGUUUACACUCUACCUGGUCAUUAUUUUAUUUCUAUCCGGUUCUAAGAACUGCUUCCACUGUUUAUAUAUUCAUAAUUAAACACAUUGAGAAUGCAACACUAUAAAAGCUGGUCACAUUUUUGCAGAGCCCUUAUUCUGUGUGUUUUUUGUUUUUGUUUUUGUUUUUUUUUGAGACAGAGUCUUGUUCUGUCGCCCAGCCUGGAGUGCAGUGGUGCGAUAUCGGCUCACUGCAACCUCUGCCUCCUGCCUCAGCCUCCCAAGUAGCUGGGAUUACAGGCGCACACCACCACGCCUGGCUAAUUUUUUGUGUAUUUUUAGUAGAGACGGGGUUUCGCUAUGUUGGCCAGACUGGUCUUGAACUGCUGACCUCGUGAUCCGCCCGCCUCGGCCUCCCAAAGUGCUGGGAUUCUGUGUGUUUUGUGCACCUCCACUUUAGGUAAUCAUAGGGAGCACAUUUACAGGAUGGUCUAACAACAUGAAAACAGGCUAGUUUCAAGCAACAGCGAUGUCGGUUGGAAAGCAGGCAUCAUUUGCCUUGAAAAAAAAGCCUUUUGACAACAUACAGGCAUUCUUUUAAAACCAGGCUGAAACAUUUUAUUUCCGAGACUUAGGUUGUGUUUCCUGUUUCUUAAACCUAGCACCUCUGUGUAUUUGAAAAUAAUGAGACAUCUUUCAUUGGAUUUUGGAAAAUUGUUCCCCAUGGGAUUCUAACCUCACUACCAAAUGAGUGAAAGCUUGAUUAAGAGUUCUUCCAUAUACUAGCCUCCUUGGAAGAAUCAGAAGGUGACAAGAAGGACAGAAAGGACUAUUUUAAAGUUGGACUGAAGGAGAAAAAAAGCAAAAUUCUUGUUUCAUCCCAAUUCUAGUUAGAACAAAGUUAAACCCCCAUAAUCUUAAAGAGAAUGUUUGGAGGUUUUAAUUAAACAUUUUAUACAUUUAAAGUCUUGUUAAUGGUGCUUUAAGUGUCAAUGUAGCAUGUAAAAAGGCUUUGUACAGACAGGUAAAGUUCCAUUUCUGAGUGAUGAAAUGUAACACCUCUUCAUCUUUAACUUGAAAUCAAAACUAUCAGAUUUUAUUUUUGUAUAAUUUAAGGAAGGUAAAGUUAGGGGACUAGAAGACUCUAAAUUGGCUUCUACAGAUCAAUAAUUUAAAUGUAACUAGUUGGGAUUUUAUAGUUAAAAUUAUAUUAUGUAUAUAACAUAACUAAUCUGUAAAUUGUAAUAAAUAUAUUUGCAAUUAUUAAAUGUUAAGUGAUA